CGUCUGACCGAGUUUGAUGAUUCGGUCCCACCGAGCUUGGUGCUAGUGCCGCCCGUCUUCGACUUCCCUCCCUUGGCCGCCCGCACCAGGAUGCUGGUGCCGGCAUAUGAGCUCAUGUUCGGGAAGCUCGCGCGACACAGCCUCUUUGAUGACUACCUCCAUUCUGGGGGCGUGGAUGCGCAGAUUGUGUUGAAGCAGCUGGGAGGUUCUCAUGCUGAUCUCACUGCCACCAUGUCUACAAAUGGGGGGGAAGCUCACUUUCGAUGGCAGAGGGAUUUGAAAGAUCCCAAUACAUUUGUAGACUUUCUUGUGUCAACUUCAAAGCCCACAAUGCGGCUGUCUUCAAGCAUUUACUAUCCGAAGUAUCGUAUUGGCGCCUUUGGGACAUUCCCUUUGAAUAUGGCAAACAGGGCAUGCCCAGAAGAUUAUGGUGUCAUGGGUUUAAGAUAUGGUUCAGAGAAUCUAUCAAUUGGGGCCUCCUUCGUCCCAUUUCCUUCGCCUGGUGAGGUACCCUAUGGUGCAUGGUUGGUUGGGAGAAAAGGGAAUUUAAGUGCAGGCGUACAAUACAAACCAAUAGGUGGAAGCAAGCAUCCUAUGCCUUUUACAGACUUGAAGAACUGGAAUUGUGCAAUCGGUUAUGGUGUAGGCUCAAGUAGCCCACUCAGCCCUUCAUUUAAUUUUGCACUAGAGCUUGUUAGAAGUUCGCAGCUGGUUGCGUCGUUCUAUCAACACCAUAUUUCUGCAAAGCGUAAAGAGCUAUGUGACCCCUCCUGGAUGGGGCUUCGCAUCCUCGUGACAGGGUUUGUCGGAACCGCCAUUGCUUUAGGGUGCUUCUCCGGCGCCGCCAUCAUCACCAAGCGCAGGGAGUACCUGUACCUCGGUGGCCUGACCUCUUCUGGCAUGUCGAUCCUUCAACAUGAAACUCUCAAGAACGCAGGUGACAAGAAGAGGAAGAGGAUGUCCUGA